GCCGCCCGCGCCCCGCGCCCCGGGGCGCCGCCGCCGCGCUCCCCGCUCGCGCGGCCGCUGCUGCUGCUGCUGCUGCUGCUGCCGCCGCCGGGCGCCGGCGGGGCGGCGGGGGGCUCCCCCGCGCCCGCGCGCCCCGGGCCCCGCGCGCUGCUGACCCGGGCGCCGCCGAGCCCGCCCGCGGGGCGCGCGCUGCCGGGGGGCGGCGGGGGGCGGCGCGCGCGCGGCGGGGAGCCCCGCGCCCCGGCCCCCGGCCCCGCUCCGCGUCCCGGCGAGGACGGCGCCCCCGCGGCGGGCCAGGGGCGCCGGGCGCGGGCGGCGCGGGGGGCCGGGGCGGCGCCGCCGGCGCAGGUCUCGCUGGUCAGCACGUCGUUCGUGCUCAAGGGGGACGCGACCCACAACCAGGCGAUGGUGCACUGGACGGGCGAGAACAGCAGCGUGAUCCUGAUCCUGACUAAGUACUACCAUGCAGAUAUGGGGAAGGUUCUGGAAAGUUCUCUGUGGCGGUCGUCGGACUUCGGGACGUCCUACACCAAGCUCACCCUCCAGCCUGGCGUCACCACGGUCAUUGACAGCUUCUACGUUUGCCCGACCAACAAGAGAAAGAUCAUCCUGGUGAGCUCCUCGCUCGGCGACAGGGACCAGAGCCUGUUCCUCAGCACUGACGAGGGCGCCAGCUUCCAGAAGCAGCCCGUCCCCUUCACCGUGGACGCGCUGAUCUUCCACCCCAAGGAGGAGGACAAGGUCCUGGCCUGCACCAAGGAGAGCAAGCUCUACGUGUCAACGGACCUGGGGAAGAAGUGGACACUCCUGCAGGAGCGCGUGACCAAGGACCACGUGUUCUGGGCUGUUUCUGGGGUCGAUGCGGACCCCAACUUGGUCCACAUGGAAGCCCAGGACCUGGGAGGAGGCGUCCGCUACCUCACCUGCCCAGCCCACAACUGCUCCGAUAGGACGCUGGCAGCCCCGGCCACGGGCCCCCUCGACCAGGGCUCGCUGACCGUGCAGGACGAUUACGUCUUCUUUAAGUCAUCCUCCGCGAACCGGACCAAGUACUACGUCUCCUAUCGUCGCAACGAGUUUGUUCUGAUGAAGCUGCCCAAGUAUGCGCUGCCAAAGGACCUGCAGGUCAUCAGCACAGACGAGAGCCAGGUGUUCGUGGCGGUGCAGGAGUGGCAUCAGACGGACACCUACAACCUGUACCAGUCGGACCCGCGGGGCGAGCGCUACUCGCUGGCGCUGGAGAACGUGCGCAGCUCGCGGCAGGCGGAGGAGAGCGUGGUCAUCGACAUCCUGGAGGUCCGAGGGGUGAAAGGUGUCUUCCUGGCAAAUCAGAAGGUGGACGGGAAGGUGGUGACCCUCAUCACCUACAACAAGGGCCGCGACUGGGCGCACCUGCGCCCCCCCAGCACGGACAUGAACGGGAAGCCCACCCACUGCCAGCCCCCCGACUGCCACCUGCACCUCCACCUGCGCUGGGCAGACAACCCCUACGUCUCCGGCACCGUGCACACCAAGGACACCGCCCCCGGACUCAUCAUGGGCGCAGGUAACCUGGGCGCACAGCUGGUGGAGUAUAAAGAAGAGAUGUACAUCACGUCGGACUGCGGGCACACCUGGAGGCAGGUGUUCGAGGAGGAGCACCACAUCCUGUUCCUGGACCACGGCGGCGUGAUCGUGGCCAUCAAGGACACCUCCAUCCCCUUGAAGGUCCUCAGGUUCAGCGUGGACGAGGGCCUCACCUGGAGCACGCACAGCUUCACCAGCACCUCCGUGUUCGUGGACGGGCUGCUGAGCGAGCCGGGCGACGAGACACUGGUCAUGACGGUCUUCGGCCACAUCAGCUUCCGCUCAGACUGGGAGCUGGUCAAGGUGGACUUCCGGCCCUCCUUCUCCAGGCGGUGCGGCGAGGAGGACUAUGGGUCCUGGGACCUCGCCGACCUGCAGGGUGACCGCUGCAUCAUGGGCCAGCAGCGGAGCUUCCGGAGGCGCAGGCCGGCGGCCUGGUGCGUCCAGGGGCGGAGCUUCACGUCAGCGCUCACCUCCCGCGUGUGUGCCUGCCGGGACUCCGACUUCCUCUGUGACUACGGCUUCGAACGAGCCCCCUCUGCAGAGCCCGGCAACAACAAGUGCUUUGCCAACUUCUGGUUCAACCCACUGGCCCCGCCCGAGGACUGCGUCCUGGGCCAGACCUACAGCAGCAGCCUCGGGUACCGGAAGGUGGUAUCCAACGUGUGCGAGGGCGGCGUGGACCUGCAGCGGAGCUCGCCCCAGCUCCAGUGCCCCCUCACACCACCCCGGGGCCUGCGGGUCAGCAUCCGCGGUCAGGCCGUGGCGGUACAGCCAGGAGAUGACGUCCUGUUCGAGGUGCGGCAGGAGCAGGGCGACGUCCUGACCACCAAGUACCAGGUGGACCUCGGGGACGGCUUCAAGGCCAUGUACGUCAACCUCACGCUGACGGGGGAGCCCAUCCGACACCGCUACGAAAGCCCCGGCGUGUACCGGGUGUCCGUGAGGGCGGAGAACGCGGCCGGGCACGAGGAGGCUGUGCUCUUCGUCCAGGUCAACUCCCCCCUGCAGGCCCUCUACCUUGAAGUGGCCCCUGUGGUCGGCGUCAACCAGGAGGUCAACCUCACAGCUGUGCUGCUGCCCCUGAACCCCAACCUCACCGUCUUCUACUGGUGGAUCGGCCACAGCCUGCAGCCCUUGCUGUCCCUGGACAACUCGGUGACCACGCGCUUUGCGGACACAGGGGAUGUGCGCGUGACGGUGCAGGCGGCCUGCGGGGCAUCGGUGCUGCAGGACUCCAGGCUGGUCCGCGUGCUGGAUCAAUUCCAGCUCGUGCCUCUGCAGUUUUCCAAGGAGCUGGACACACACAACCCGAACACGCCCGAGUGGAGAGAGGACGUUGGCCUGGUGGUCACCCGGCUCCUGGCCAAGGAGACCGGCAUCCCUGAGGAGCUGCUGGUGACCGUGGUGAGGCCGGGGCUGCCCACCUGGGCUGACCUGCACGUGCUGCUGCCCCCAGCCAGGCCCGCCACCAGGAGGAGCCUCGCCGAUGACAAGAGGCGCACGGCCGUCCUGCAGGCGCUGAAGGCGCAGAAGAUCGGCUUCCUGCUGCGGGGCGGUGUCCGGGUGCAGGUGGCGGUGAGGGACGGGGACACAGAUGCGCAGAGGCCGGGAGGAGGCGGUGGCUACUGGGCCGUGGCUGUGCUGCUGGUCGCCGGGCUCUUCGCGGUGGGAGUGUUCAUCCUCUUCAAGUUCAAAAGGAAACGCCCGGGCAGGACCGUGUACGCGCAGAUGCACAACGAGAAGGAGCAGGAGAUGACCAGCCCCGCCAGCCCCGGCCAGGGCGUGCAGAGCGCCGCGCAGGGGGAGCAGUGCGUGGACGGCGACCUGGACGCGCAGACCCCAGGGAACCACUCGGGCGUGGUCCUGAGCAUCAACUCCCGCGAGAUGCACAGCUACCUGGUGAGCUGAGCGCGGCCGCCAGCCGCCGCCUCCCCGUCUCCCCCGCGGAGGGCUCCAGCCACA